UUAUUGGUUGUUGUAUUAAUUUUUAUACCCCGGGUAUUUGAAUGUCAAAUAUCGAUUCGCAUGACUUGGUAUAUGUGUAAUGUUAGAACAUGAAUAAUAUGUUCUAACAUUUCACAGUUGAAGACUGUAAUGUGGAUCGAGCAUGGUGGAAGUCACAGCAACAUAGUACUGAUAAUGUCGUUUAUACGUAAUAUUCGAAAUAUUGGUGGAUAUUUUUCGUAUGGCCAAUGUCGUUACCAACGAGUCUUGUUUUGGAUAAUGUGUUUUGGUCUGGUACUGUGGUUCAAUGUAGCAUUUAACAAACCUGUAUUUCACUAUUAUAAGAAUAUGGAUGUAAAAAGUGCAUGUGUUAUUCCUAAAUUUAAUAAUUUCGAUUCAUCGAUAUCUGAAUUUUUCUGGGAUGUAAGCCCUUUACAGUGCGAAUCGAGUGAACCUAUUAUGUAUAUGGACAACGAUGGUACAGUUCGAGUUAAUCAAUCAUUAAAAAUUUCCAGCGGGUACCAGUUUUUGAAUUGCACUUGUCAACCAGUUAUUCGUAUUGAUGACGAUAAUAUAACGUUAGGAAAUGGGAUUCGAUGUACGGAACCCAUAUAUAUCCCAGGAGACUUUAUUUAUGCCGUAUGUACAAAUGGCGGGAAGCAAGUCUACGAUGGUUUGCUGUAUGGCAUCGAUUUUAAAAGUGUUACAAAUAACAAAAAGUUUAAAAACGAAACGGAAAAUAAUCUGAGUGUUUAUUUUUAUGGAUUUGAUGCCCUAUCUGGUCUUAUUGCGAAAAGAACGAUGCCGUUGACUAUGAAAUACUUGGAAGACGUUUUAGAGGCAUACACUUUUAAUGGCUAUACAAAAGUAGGCGAUAAUACUUGGCCUAACUUAGGUGGGCUACUCACUGGUGGUAGAUAUGAACAAGUAAAAAAGACCUUUGUCGAGGUACCAUUUAUAUGGAAUAAUUUCUCUCAGAAUGGAUACGUAACAAUGUUCAGCGAGGAAUAUCCUCGAUUAUCGUGUUUCAAGGGUUUUAAUGGACAACCCACGGAUCAUUUAACUAAUACGUUUUUUGUCGCAGCAGAAAAAAUAAAACCUAUAAAGAAUCGAGAUAUAAGGAAAAUAUUGCUUUUUAUGGAGUAUAAGAAUAUUAAGGUUAGCGAUUCUUCAUAUUUGUGCAUUGGAAAUACUCCUAAGCAUAAAAUUAUUAUAAACUAUUAUAAAAGAUAUAUUGAAGCUUAUAAAAACCGCCGAAAAUUUGGCAUGUCUUUUAAUACUGAACUUGGUCAUGACUAUAUCAAUUUUUAUAACCUUGCAGAUAAAGACAGUGCUGAAUUCUUAAAAUGGAUGCACGAAACUGGAAAUCUAGACAAUGCAAUUUUCGUGUUCUUUUCUGAUCACGGUCCACGUUAUAGUGAAAUUCAAAACACAAAUAUCGGUAGAGUUACAGGAUUAAUGCCAAUAUUUACUGUAUACGUUCCGAAACAUAUAAAACAACGAUAUCCUCAAAUUCACAGUAAUUUGCUGAAAAAUACAGAAAGACUGACAACAGUUUUUGAUGUCCAUGAAACACUUAAGGAUGUUAUAAAGAGCAAUUUUGAUCAUAGCGAACCUGUUGAUAAACAUGCCAGAGGGAUAUCUUUGUUUAAACCAAUUCCUGAAACACGAAGUUGUUAUGAUGCCGACAUCCCCGAACAUUAUUGCCCGUGCUAUGCAUCAGAAGACAUAGACGUGAAGAACAAACGUGUGCAGAUAAUGGCUUUUGCUCUUGUCAAAAAAAUAAAUAAAUUGUUACAAAGUCAUGCGGAUAUAUGUGUCCAUUUAGUAUUGAGCAAUGUCAUAAAAGCAUCCAAGGUCAAAUCUAACUUCGAACGCGAUAAAUCAAUGGAAGAACGCUUUUCAAUCAGAAGUUAUAUUUAUAACAAUGAACAAGAUACGAGGUAUCUACUUGUAGUUGAAACAAAACCUGGAAACGCUAAGUUUGAGGCAACUGUUCAUUAUUCAAGUGAUACCAGUAUGGAAGUAUCAGGGGAAAUAAGCAGAAUUAAUAAAUACGGGAAUCAGUCAGAAUGUAUAAAUGUAAAAAAGCUUAAACUGUACUGUUUUUGUAAAUGAAAUAAUUUUGAAAGAAUUUAUAUGUUUAUGUUCUAUUCCAAAUCAUAUCCAAAAUCAAUGCCAGAAAUGGCUGCAAUCACCAUGUCCGUCCGUUUGUGAACAAAUGUCGUUACGUAUUUAAUUAAUACACAGCUUCUGUAUUAAAUAAUGAAUUAAUA